UUAGUCAGCUGCAUUUAUUUAAAGGUAGUGCACAGAGGACGUAGCCUCGUUCAGUGUGCAACUGUCAGAUCUUCAAGAUGCAGCGCAUCUACAUGCACAGCAAUGAACACUUUGAAGUCUUCACCACCGUCCUUGCUCCUCAAGGGAGGGUUCGAUACAUAGCAGAAGCUGAAAAGAUGGUGGUGGUGCACAGAUACAAACCCCACUGGCCAGAUGAGCUGGAGCUGUUUCCAGGUGACGUCAUCCUGGUGCUGUCCAAACAUGAGGAGGAGAGGUGGUUUGGGCGGCUGCAGGACGGCCAGCGGGGAUACUUCCCCGCCUCCUGUGUGGUGGAGCUGGGCCAGGUGAAUGUGCCUGCUAAAAGCCUUCGGAGGACAUUAUCACUGAGACUCUCCUCUAAUGAUGAUUCAGGCGUACGAGGUCGAAGUGGAAGUGGACACAUUCUGCAGGCGCUCAAGAGGGGUAGCAGAGGAGGAGGUGGAGGAGGAGGAGGAGGAGGGGGAGGUGGAGGGCUGGAAGGGGGCCAAGCUAACAGUGAGGGCCCCAUCCUGGUGCAGAGGCCCCAGAUCCCUCUGCCUCAGUCCGUGGCCUCCCAACCUCAGACACACAGAUCCCCAGGCUUACUCCACAGGAUCUUGUCCAAGCGCCGGAAAAAGAAUGAAUGCCAGGGAGCCACCAAUGGGGCCUUCGAGGAAGACUAAAAGACCCUCCUCUUUGUCACGACAGGCUGAGCUGAGUUCACAUUGGGGGAGUGGAAGGACUUGGAAAAGGCAGGUCUUGCAUAUUCUGAUUUCUGCAUAUCAGGUAUGCCUGACUUGGCUGCGACACGUAGUCUGAAGGGAAAAUGUACAGUUCUCAGACCAUGAUGUCACAAACAGUGUUUUGCCCAUUACAUAUUAAAAACAAUGCCUGCUGUGACAUCAGUAGGGGUGUGUGACCACAGUAACUUGCAGAAUGGUUGAAUGUCCACAGAGGUGCUGUAGAUUUCAGCCCUGCACCACUGGCUCCAUGCUAUGGAAAAGGAUUGUCAUACAUUUUACUGAAGUACACAUGUUCACCAUUAAAUAAUUGCUUAUUAGUAGCAUAUUGGCUUUGAAUUAGUCAUUACAAAGCAGUUAUUAAAGUAGUAGUAGACCUAUUAACUACUAGUGAGUAAGCCAGACCUCACUUCAGAUAAUAUUCUGAGUCAGACAGUCUUCAUUUAGAUUUACAGUAUUUGGACACUAUUAAAACUGCAGGAAACUUAAAUACUCAAUUGCCUUCGAACCUCAUAAUGCGAAGUCUCAUAAAAGAAGCUUAACAUGGGAAAUUAUAAGAAUUCUAUUAUUGGAUUUAAAUAUAGACUUGUUAGGUUGGAUGUUUACUUAAUUAAAUUAACUCUAUGAACCAACAAUGAAAAAUAAGUUGUCCCACCCAAACUAAUUAGCCAUUGCUAACUUCAACGAUAGCUAGCAUUAGUAGAUAGAUAGCUAACGAGCCAUUGUUAGCUUCUAGAUAAAAAUAUACUGUAAGUUGCUUACCAGUUGCAGUUACGAUAUUUAUUAAAUAUAACAUAUUUAUUAGCGUAUUAUUUGAUUAUGUUAAAGAUUAUCUAAAUUUCAGAAUUGCACAUUUAGCUGCAACAACAUUACUAGCUGACAUGUCCGUAAGACAGGUCUGCCAUGUCUCUACAGCCUUGAGAAAAACAGCAGAAUUAACUGCUUUUGACUUCAUUUCUUAUUAUUAAUGAUUAUUUUCAUUAAUUUAUUUGUGAAUUUUUACAUUACAGGCUUUAACACAUGUUUUGUUACAUAAAAACAGACUAUUUAUUAACACUAAAUGCUAAGUGUUGCCUGCAACCUCCUUCCUUAGCAUGAAUAAUCAGCAACUAGCAAGAGAUUGAGAGAAAAUGAUAACUUAAUGGAAAAGUUGUAGAGUACUGUCACGCAAAAAAAAAAAAAAGUGUUAGCUAAUAAAUGCUUAAUAAAGACUAAUUAAGACCUAUUAUGCUACUAAUAUGUGUGCCAGUAAGCAAUGUAGGCUAAUGCAAAUAUAUUUAAUUUCCCCCUGGCACUCAGUGUAAUGAUGUAAUGGUGACCAUGUUUACCUGGAUAUAAAGUGUUACCAAAGAUUAUUUUUAAAAGUCUAUAUUAUAUGAAAUUACAUUAUAGAUUUAUGUAAGUACGCUAUUGUUGCAGUUGCAAUGAAUGAAAAGUGUUGUGUUGCUCUGUAUAUUCACAUAAUUAUUAAAUGUAUUACUGAAUGCUGUUUAUUUUA